AUGACAGCUACAACCACAAGUCAUGAUAAAGACGUGCCUCAUUGCUAUGAACAUGGUGCUGAGCCUAAUGAAAUGUUUAUAGACAACGAACCUAGGAUAAAUAUGUGUUUUGAAUCACUGGAAGAUGCCAAAAAUUUCUACACAAAUUACGCCAUUACAUGUGGUUUUGCUGUAAGGACAAGAUCAUCAAAGAAGGAUAACAACAAUAAUGUGUACUAUUUGCGAUUAGUUUGUUCUAGAGAAGGCAAAUAUGUGUCUUCCAUUAAACCAGAGGUGAAAACACAUGCAUGUCAAACAAAUCAACGUCCAGCUAGCAUUACCAUUGGAAGGAAAGAUAGUUAUUGGGUUAUAAAGAGCGUCGUGUUAGAUCACAGUCAUGAACUAUGCCCUAAUACAUCUAAGUUGAUUCCUGGGAAUAGAAAAAUUAGCAUGCAAGCUAAGCAUACGUUGGAAGUCAACGAUGAUGCGGGCGUUCGCAUUAAUAAGAGUUUCCUUAGCAUUGUUAGUGAUGUUGGUGGAUUUGAGAAUAUGGAUUUCGUAGAACGUGAUGCACGGAACUACAUUAUGCAACACAGAAAAUCUUUAUGUAAGGACGGUGAUGGUCAAGCCCUUUUAAAACACUUUUCAUCCAUGAAAGCAUUGAACAACGACUUCUUCUACGACAUUGCAUUGGAUGAAGGGAAUAGAAUAUGUAGUGUGUUUUGGGCAGACGCAAGAAGUAUAGCAGCUUGUCAAGAAUUUGGUGAUGUUGUGUCGUUUGACACCACUUACUUGACAAAUAAGUAUGACAUGCCCUUUGCGCCAUUUGUAGGCGUUAACCAUCAUGGUCACUCAAUUUUACUUGGAUGUGNUUUGCUUUCUUCCGAAGACACUGCAUCCUUUGUNUGGUUGUUUGAAUCUUGGUUGAGAUGCAUGGNAAAUAAGGCCCNAAUAGCCAUUAUAANGGAUCAAUGNAGGGCAAUGGCGAAUGCCAUUGAAGAGGUUUUCCCAAAUACCAGACACAGAUGGUGUNUAUGGCACAUAAUGAAGAAGUUGCCUGAAAAAUUUCAAAGCUACAAAAAUUACGUUGCCAUUAAAGCGGAUAUACAUGCGCUCAUCUAUGACUGUGGGUCGCCAAGCGAGUUUGGGAUAGAAUGGGAAGAACUUCUUACAAAGCACAGAUUGGAAGGGAAUGACUGGUUAAGUAAUCUUUAUGAGGAAAGAAUGAAAUGGGUUUCAUGUUAUUUAAGGAGUCAAUUUUGGGCAGGUAUGUCAACAACACAACGAAGUGAGGGUAUGAAUGCCUCUUUUGAUGGGUUUAUAAAUUCAAGCACGACACUACAUCAGUUUGUGGUUCAAUUUCACAAUGCACUUAGGGUUAAGGCACAAAAAGAAACACAGGCUGACUUCUCCUCCCUAAACACCACAAUUGGUUGUGGGUCCCAAUCACCGAUAGAAAGACAAUUUCAAUUGGAGUAUACACAUGAAAAGUUUGAGGAAGUCCAAACAGAAUUUCGAUGUCGGAUGAAUUGCUUUAUAAAAAACACUGUAAAAGACACCCUUAUGAAUACUUACACAAUAAAAGAGGAGCGAAUGUUUGAGGUAUUUGGUCAAGAAGAUGUUUGCAAUGUGCCAUCCAAAUACGUCCUUCGGCAUUGGAGUAAGAAUGUUCGUAGAAGACACACCCUGAUUAGAGCAGCCUAUAAUACCUCUAAGCUUCAACCGACGAUGCAAAGAUACCAGGUUUUGUGUAAAAAAAUUUUUGAAAUAGCAGAGGUCGCUUGUGAGUCUGAACAUGUUUCUGAUCACUUGGAAAAAGAUCUUGAUGAAUCUACAGUUCCUGAUGUUGUACAAAGUGUUGAGGUCAUUCAAGUUGCAUCCCAAAGUUACCAAUUUUCAGACCAAUCCGCAUUGGCGCCAUCUGGAUUUAUGUCUUUGUUAUCUGCUGUGCAUAACACUUUUGACAAUAACAUACUUUGA